UCCGGUUCCCAGGCUGAAUUGGCUUUGAGCCUAGGCGCUAGAGAUCUGGGUCUAUCUCCUGGUGAGGUGGUGCGGUGUUUACGCGGCGGUGAGCGCGGGACUCAGGAUCGGGACAAGGAUCUGGAAGGGCCUUGUCUGAGAUGGAAAGCCGGAUUCCUUAUGAUGACUACCCAGUGGUUUUCCUGCCAGCCUAUGAGAAUCCUCCAGCAUGGAUUCCUCCUCAUGAGAGAGUAUACCAUCCAGACUACAACAAUGAGUUGACCCAGUUUCUUCCCCGAAUUGUCACACUAAAGAAGCCUCCUGGUGCUCAGUUGGGAUUUAACAUCCGAGGAGGAAAAGCCUCUCAGCUAGGCAUCUUCAUCUCCAAGGUAAUUCCAGACUCUGAUGCACAUCGAGCAGGGCUUCAAGAAGGAGACCAAGUUCUAGCUGUGAAUGAUGUGGAUUUUCAAGAUAUUGAGCACAGCAAGGCUGUUGAGAUCCUGAAGACAGCUCGUGAGAUCAGCAUGCGUGUGCGCUUCUUUCCCUACAAUUAUCAUCGCCAAAAAGAAAGGACUGUGCACUAGAGAAUUGUAACCCAUAACUCUCCAUGUGGAAUCUGCCCCUAGGGAAGACACUUGGAAAAUUUUCUCAACCUCUCCCUAGCAUAGUGGGUGAAGAGGGUGGGAAAAUAGCUAGCCAACUGCAUUAACCAAACUGUACUGUACUUUUAAUUCUGUAGUUUUCUAAGUGAGUUUAAUUUUCUGAAAAGAGAAGAAUGAUAAUACCUUGAUAUAGCCUUGCCUGUGAGGAACCCAGCAAGAAAAGGCAACUGACAUUUAUUGGUUAUAUAACACACUUACAUAUGUUAGCAUUUUAAUUACAAAAUCAGUUAAAAAAAAGAAUCUUGAGGAUUUCUCAUUGGAUUGAUCUAGUCAUCUCAUGCUGUCCUUGUACUUACUAUUAGAGGUCUCAUGUUCUUUGAGGACUCAAAUAAGACACUGGUUUUGCUCUUCUAUCAAAAAAGUAAAACACAAUACUUGAUAAAUACA